UCGCUCCAUUCGUCAGCCAAAAUGCGGUCAACGUUCUUGCUGCUAGGCCUUUGUCUCGCCUCUGCGACCAUGGCCGGCGUAGACAAAGUUGAUGAGAAGGACAUCAGCACCAUGGAUCUCCUGCCGCCUACGACCGCAUCGGCCGCUCCUACCUCUGCUGCACCGUCCAACACCGUCACCUCCGAGACUUCGUCGCCUUCGCAGACCUCGACCACCACCAGCUCUAGUAGCCGCGAAUCGUCCUCCACCACUUCCACGUCUUCCACCUCGACGACGGAGACGUCGUCUCCUCCGGAACCAGUCACGACGCACACUUCGCAAACCUCUCACACGACAACCCAGCCCCCAACCUCCACGACGGAGCCGCCAUCGACAACUGCUCCCGCAGACAGUUCGUCUGCCACCUCCGAAACCAGUGCACCUCUGAUCACUGUGACCACCAUCAAGACCAUCAGCGGGACUCCUGUCGCGCAGACUUUCACAUCGUCUGCUCCGGCCGAGACGGCGCCCCCGAGUCUCAGCGCGAGCAGCGGAGACUCCGGUAGUUCAGGACUUAGCACGGGCGCCAAGAAGACCAUCAUUGGUGUGGUGGUUGGCGUCGGUGGCGCCAUCGUCGUUGCGGGCAUUGCCUUCGUGGCGUGGAGAAUUUGGGGACGCAACAGGAACGACGGGGAUCACGAUGAAGACGACUUGAUGAACGCCGGCACCGCGGUCGGUUCCAACAUGCGCGAGAAAGCACCAAGCCCUGGAGCCAAUGGUACGCCAUUCAGGUCGACGCUCGACCAGUAUCACAACCCGGCUCCAGUGAAUGCUGCUUCCAAUUUCUAG